AUGGCCCUGGAAUCCCUUAGAGGUCUGCUGUGCUGCUGUCGCCAGCAGGCAGAAGAGCCGAUUCACGAAAUACCAGACGAGAACAGUCUCCUGAUACCGCCCAAUUUCGAGCAAAAUACAUAUACAGACAGCUUUCUGGACAACCAGAAGAUACAGGAAAGAUUAGGGACUAUUGUGCGGGCGAAAGAAGGGAAAAUGGUCAAUCUCGGUUCUCACAUACCGUUCAAUCUACACAACCGGACGCUUCUACCCUCAGAUAGGACCAUCUCGCGGUCUAAUUCUGGCUCUUUGGACAUGAUGGGACGCUACCAGUCGUCCUCAGAGCAACAUCUGGACGACGUCCUCUCUCGGCGCCGGUACCUACAAUCCAGCUACGGCCAGCACCACCUAGACUCUCGCUCGCCUUCACCAGCACACCACGACGCCGACAGUUCGCGUUCUAGUCGAUUCAGACUCACAGUAACAGAACAACCGCGGCCCUCACCUAUCCUAAACGUCCGUCUGGUCGGCUACAAUGCACCAACCACUUCUCGGGGAAGGACUAGGGAACGGACGGGACACAGCAACCUUUCAACCACAUCACCGCAGCCUCCUUCUCCAACGAGCAUCACGGAACCCCAACAACCCCCUCCGCAGACCAUUCCAAAGAAAAAACCUGUUGUCGUUCUCGAUGAUGCCUCAUCCAUCGUGAUGAGCUGGGGGGACUAGUGCCAUCUCGGGGGACCUCUUUAUCCAUCCAAAUUCGUUUCAAAGUCAUUAUACCCACUUGUACGCACCCUCUUUUUACAAUGAACCGAACCAAGUGUGUUUAGGGGUCCCCUACG